AUGUAUAUGUGCCCAUUACAACGACUAACCUCUCCAAUACCACUGCGCCCUCCCUCACACAUCUUUCCUUAUGUCCAACUUGAGCUUGAAGGUCCGUUUCACACACGUGUUCAAGCCUUCUCUCCCGAAGAACACAAUGGCACUGCCACAUGCAAAGGGACGGCAGAGGAUAGUGGCCGUAACCAGAUCAUUUGCACUCCCAUUCCUCGAUAG